AUGCUCGUGAAGUUUCAAGGAGAUAUCGCAAAAAGACGACUAGCAUCGCGUGAAGAUUAUGCCAUAAAGGCUUUAUUGCUCCAGAAUUUUGCGAUAGUAAAUAAUAUGGAGCAAUUACCGAGUAACAACGUCAAUCGGGCUUCAGUUGAGCCUCGGAAUCAGGGUGGGGCUAUCAAUUCAGAAGGUGCGGCAACUCAGAAUCUUCCGGCUCGUCCACCGUUAACGAGAGCGGAUUCUCGAUCAGCUUUUCCGCCGCAGUCUCUCCGACUAGGAGCACCCCAAUUACAACAGAGGCCUCAAUUUCAACCAGGGACUGUUAAUUCUCAACCACAAUUUGCACCUCGGCCUACGAACCCAGCUCAAAGAGGACAGGCUCCAGUGGGUCCUCCAGGAUCCCCACAAAUCCGAGGUCAACAACCUAUUUUGCGUCCAUUAGGUCCACAACAGUUUACAUCUCAAGGUCCUAGACCUAUCCAGUCUCCAACACUUACCCAGCCACCCCAGCGGGGACCAGUACCAAACAAUCUACAGUUUGGUCCUAGACAACCUCCACAAUUUGGAAACGUUACAACCCCAGAAGGUUCCAGGCCACCUGCACUUCCAUCCAACGGAUCUUAUAAAAACGGUACUACAUUAAAUGCUCCAAUAAACGCACAAAUUUCAAGCCAGCCAAUACAAGGCCCUCCAAAGAGUAGUGACUCUAUUAACUCCAUCCAAAACAAACCAGUCAACCUGGAGAACCAAACGCCAUCCAGCGAAAAUCAAAAUGGGAAACCGGAAAAUGCCUACGAAGUUCCGGGAGCGGUUAAAGGUAGGAGCUACAGCAUUGCAGCCGCUCCUGGGGCACCAAGCCCUUUGAAAACGGAAGAUGAUAGACGAAAAUCAGUGAGUGCUGUAAGUGGACGGUACGAUGAAUUGACCAGUCGUAGUCCAGGGCUAAGUUUGAUACAGGAAAUGAAAGGCAGUAAAGAUAAUAUUCUUGGCUCCAAAGAAAGUGUUCGAUCCGAAGCAUCCAACGAUGGGGCCAAAGAUAUCCCUGAACGUCCAGAGUCUCGAUUGAAUGGGUCCAAAAUGACAGAAUCCUUCAUGGGAUCUUUGUCAAACCUGUCAUCUAAAAAGAAAGCAGACGAUGAUGAUGACGUCAUCGCACAGAGCAACCCGUCUGCAGCAAAGCUGGAUAUAAGUCAAAAUAAAACUGAUCUCUCCGACCGCUCUCCAUCUUUAACUAGAAGUGAUGAUUCGCCAGAACCUAAAGCCGCACCACAGCCUCCUGUGCAAACAAGGAAAUCUCCCACCUCUACUACACCUGAGCCACAACGUCCAAAAACACCGAAAUCCGACCUAAAACCAGAAAUAAAACAAGAGCCAGUUAAAGAUAUAAAACCAAAAGAAACGCCUACUAAAAAUGCAGCAAAGUCUCCAAUUUAUGAGGCGAAAUCACCAGUAAAUUCAAAACGUGUUACUUCUGCAAAUCAUAAACCAACUGAACUUAAAACUUCUGUAACACCAAAUGAUUCUAAAAAAUCAACACCACGCAAAAUCGUUUCUGCACCAGCUUCGCGUACUAAAGAUGGGGACAAUGACAGCGGUGUAGACGAAUCUACUCAAGGAAACGAUCUUAAUGGCUCGCCAAGUUCACCGAACAAGAAGCUCCCUAGCAAAUUGCCGACGAAGGAAAAAUCAAGCAGCAGUUUAAAGCAAAGUCUAUCACGUUCAUCAAGCAAGAGUGCAACGGCCAAGACUCCUGAAACACCACAACCCGGCGAGAAGAAAAAAGUCCCCAUGAACAAAGUUCAAGUAGGCAGCGCACCAUCACCAAACAUUAAAGCCGUAAAAUCGAAAAUUGGUUCUUUGGAGAACACAACGUACAAACCUGGCGGUGGAAAAGUCAAAAUAGAGAACAGGAAGCUCGAUUUCAAUAACGUCACUCCUAAAAUCGCUGCGAAAAAUGAUGCGUACACUCCGAGUGGUGGAGCUAAAAAGAUCACAACCACAAAACUAGAAUGGAACGCCAAAUCAAAGAUCGGUUCACUACAAAACGCCGCAUACAAACCAGGCGGAGGAGAUAAGAAGAUAGAAACAGUGAAAUUGGACUUUAAGGAAAAAGCGAAGCCAAAGGUCGCGUCCACCGUUAACAUUACACACAAACCAGGCGGUGGAACUAUUAAGAACUUUGCAAGCACCGAGAAGAAAACGAUUGAGAAUCAAAAAUUGGAAUUCAAAGCUCAAAGUAAAGUCGGGUCUUUGGACAACGUGAAACACAAACCCGGUGGCGGUGAUAUCAAGAUAUUUGAUGAUAAAGAUUACAUCAAGCAGAUAGGAGGAGUGUCUCCUCAGCCGAGCGGAUUUUCACGACAGGAGGUGAGGGCGAGCCCCCACUACCACAAGCUCAUAGAAUCAUUUUAUGUUGUUAUCAUCCCGGACGACUACGUAUCUGACUGGGGUGACCGUCCGUUGUCUCGAAGCCGCUCGGCCCGCUUCACCCGUACUCCUCGCGCACCCCUAGCGUCUAACGCACCCCUCACCCCUCGAGCACCCCUUACUCCUCGCACCCUCAGCCCUCGCCGUGAGCGUGCAGCCGUCAGGAACAACACUAGAACAUCUUGCUCCAGACGAACAAGUCUCACUCACAGACCAGCGUUUUCCGUAUAUUAG